UAAAUAGAAAUAAAUGACAGAAAUAAAAAAUCCACCAAAAUAUACAAUGUAGCAAAAGUCGCUAACGAAUACGUCACGUAUCAGCAACUUCGCUUCCUUCCAAGACCUUUCCUUCACCGGACCGCUGCGUACAGCUCGAUCCAAAGAUGGUGAACCAUCGCAUCAAACUCGUGCAGAGCAAACGGUACUCCACACCAAGGAGACCUUUUGAAAAACCACGUCUCGACCAAGAGUUGAAGCUUGUUGGUGAGUAUGGCCUCCGAAACAAGAGGGAACUGUGGAUUGUCAAGAUGUUCCUCGCCAAAAUCCGAAAGGCUGCCAGAGAACUUCUGACCUUGGAUGAGAAAGAUGCCAGAAGGCUUUUCCAAGGUAAUGCUCUCCUUCGUCGUCUAGUCCGUACUGGUGUUUUGGAGGAAAGCAGAAUGAAGCUCGAUUACGUGUUGGGUUUAAAGCCAGAGGACUUUUUGGAAAGGCGCUUGCAAACACAGGUCUUCAAGUUAGGUCUCGCCAAGAGUAUUCACCAUGCCCGUGUACUAAUCAAGCAAGGACAUAUCAGGUAUGUAACAAUUUCAGGUUGUAAACCUUUAAGGUUGCACUAUGGAUAGAUAAUGCAGAAGAGA